AUGGAGAAGCGUGGGGAAGUCUUUCACCUGGAAUCUACCCAGGACCAUUCCGUUUCCCAGGCCCUAAAGAAUAGCGCACACGAUGCCAUCGCGAGCGAGAGUCAAAUGGGCGUUUUGCAGGCCAUCCGACUUUAUCCUAUGGCCGUGGUUUGGUCUGUGGGACUGUCUACCGCAGUGGUCAUGGAAGGCUAUGCGGUCAUGUUGCUCUCCAGCUUCUACGCUCUCCCUCAGUUCAACCGCAAAUACGGCCAACGCCAGCCAGAUGGAUCCUAUGUGAUUCCUGCACCAUGGAAGUCCGGUCUCUCCAACGGGGCUCUCUGUGGCGAGAUAAUCGGAUUGUUUUUAACGGGUAUUUUCCAGGACCGAUUCGGAUAUCGUACCACCAUCUUUGCUGCUCUCUGCCUCGUGACUUCUUUUAUCUUCAUUUUGUUCUUCGCGCGUAAUGUCGAGAUGCUUCUCGCUGGGGAGGUUCUUUGCGGCAUCCCCUGGGGGACGUUCCAAACUAUCACUACCUCUUACGCGUCCGAAAUCUGCCCUAUCGCACUUCGAGCAUAUUUAACCACGUAUAUCAACCUUUGCUAUGUCAUUGGGCAGUUCUUGGUUUCCGGUGUAUUGAAAGGAGUGCUAGGUCGGCAGGACCAGUGGGCCUACCGAAUUCCUUUCGCCGUGCAAUGGGUUUGGCCAAUCCCGCUGAUGGUCAUGUGCGCCCUGGCGCCAAAAUCUCCUUGGUGGUGUGUACGUCAUGGUCGGUUCGGGCAAGCAAGACGUGAUCUUGUGCGCCUCAUGAGCCAUGGGAACCAUUUAGUCGACGAGACCCUGGCUAUGAUGCAACACACUGAUGGGCUCGAGAAGGAAGCUUCGGCAGGGACAUCUUACUGGGAGUGUUUCAAAAAGGCAAACCUACGACGUACGGAGAUUGUGUGUUUGGCGUGGCUUAUUCAGGUGAUCUGCGGAUCGCAGUUAAUGGGUUACUCGACCAUGUUUUAUAUCGCGGCCGGAAUGGAAGAGAGUGCCUCGUUCAACAUGUCGCUUAUCCAGUAUGCGCUUGGAGCCGCCGGAACAGUACUGUCGUGGUUCCUUAUGGCACGCGUGGGACGCCGAACACUCUACCUCUACGGUUCGUCGAUGCUUUUCUGUCUCCUCAUGGUUAUCGGGUUUGUGUCUCUGGCUCCACCGGGAAGCAACAAGAAUUGGGCCAUCGGAGCAUUGCUAUCAGUUUUCACAUUUGCAUAUGAUUCUACUGUUGGCCCGGUAUGCUACUCUCUUGUCGCUGAGCUCUCAUCGACGCGACUGCGUGCCAAGUCGGUGGUGCUGGCUCGAAACAUAUACAACGUCGGGGGCAUCGUUGUUAAUAUUCUGAUAAAUUCUCAACUCACAUCUACGGCUUGGAACUGA